CUUCAUGGAGGCCAGUACCUCACACUAGUGCUCUCGGAGAUCCCGCCACUGCUGUCCCCCACCCGGCGCCCCAGACAGGCCUGAGAUCAUGAGGCAGCCGCCAGCCGUGGCCCUGCUCCUGCUGCUGCUGCUUCGGUUUGGGACUCAGAUGACCAAAGCCUUGAACGUCUGCGGGCGCCCGAGGAUGCUGAACCGGAUGGUGGGUGGGCAGGAUGCCUUGGAGGGCGAGUGGCCAUGGCAGGUCAGCAUCCAGCGAAAUGGAAGCCACUUCUGUGGGGGCAGCCUCAUCACAGAUCGGUGGGUCCUCACUGCGGCGCACUGCUUCUCCAACAAUUCCCCCUUUGAAACCUCAGAGGGGCUGCCUCACACCAGCUCUCUGCUCUUUCCCACCAGCACCUCUGAAACAUCCUUGUACCAGGUCCUGCUGGGGGCGCGGCAGCUGGUGAAGCCAGGACCACAUGCCACGUAUUCACGCGUGAAGCGGGUGAAAAGCAACCCCCUAUACCAGGGCAUGGCCUCCAGUGCCGAUGUGGCCCUGGUGGAGUUGGAGGCACCUGUGACCUUCACCAAUUAUAUCCUCCCCGUGUGCAUGCCUGACCCCUCGAUCACCUUUGAGUCGGGCAUGGAAUGCUGGGCCACUGGCUGGGGCAGCCCCAGUGAGCAAGAUCGCUUGCCUAACCCUCGAAUCCUCCAGAAACUCGCUGUGCCCAUCAUUGACACGCCCAAGUGUAACCUACUCUACAGCAAAGAUGCCGAGUCCGGCUUUCAGCCGAAAACCAUCAAGGACGACAUGCUGUGUGCUGGCUUCGCUGAGGGCAAGAAGGACGCCUGCAAGGGUGACUCAGGAGGCCCCCUGGUGUGCCUGGUGGACCAGUUGUGGCUACAGGCUGGAGUGAUCAGCUGGGGUGAGGGCUGUGCCCGCCGGAACCGCCCAGGCGUCUACAUCCGGGUUACCUCCCAUUAUGACUGGAUCCAUCGGAUCAUCCCGGAACUGCAGUUUCAGCAUGCCAGGUCGGGCGGCCAGAAGCGGGGGCCCCGGGUCCAGCAGCCCCGCGUUCAAAGCUUUGCACCUUGCCUGGCGGCCCACACUGUCCUCCUGGUCCUCAUGGCCCUACUCACCUGCUUCUGAGCCCUGCUCAGGCAGGUAGGCGAGUGUGGCCCCCGGAGCCCACAUGUACAUUUGUAAAUAGCUGUUUCUCUCUUCUUUCAAAUGCCAGUUAUUUUUAUUUAUGUUCACCCUCCAAUAAAAACCUAACCUCA